UAUUUUUCGUGUUCUUGGAUGUGUUGGAAAUGGUAGAAGGGUAGUAUCAAGAUUUCUGCGGUUUGCUCCUUAUAGAUGAAUGUACCAAAACCGAGAUUGUAGCUCACUUUUGAGCAGCGUCAUUCCCUUGUCAUACACGAGCCCUCGAUGCCCUACUUCUGGCCUUCCAGGCGGCCAUAUCGAGAUCUUGGAUUUCAGAUGUCAGGUCAAGAGUCCAGCAGGCUUAGGCCUAUGAGCGGCGCCCGAAUGAGAGAUUUCGUGUCGGAUAAUUUUCAGGGUC